AUGCAACUUCACCUCACCCCCCUCAUCCUCCUCCUCCUCCCCUCAACCCUCGCCGCAACCCUCUCCCCCCGCGACCAAAAACUCUCCAUAAACGUCUACUCGGACAACAAAUGCGCAAACUACCUCGAGACCUACAAAAACGCCGGCGAAGUAUCGAAAAUCGUCACUUUACCUUACGAAGGCGUCGGCAGUUUCAUCAUCACCCAAGGCGCCUCGACCUACACGUGCGACAACGGGAACGCAAAUCACUACGUCGCCUUCUUUUUUAAUAGUAACACGGGCGGCCCGACGUGUAAUGGGGCGGUGGGACUGUUGAGUCCGGUUGCGUGUGAUAGUGAGGGGUGUCAGGAACUGAAUGAGCGGGCGAGUAGUAUGGCUAUUUGUUUGGGGGUUGGGAGUUAG